GACCGCCGGAUGGAACACCAUCCACAGUAUUGGGUUCAUUUUCGCUGCUGGUGCGACUGGCAUUGGGGGUAUAGCUACUCGAAAUCUAGGUCAAAGGGCCGCGACAGGUGUCGUUGCAUCCAUCCUUUUCAUGCUUUCGCUUUUACUUUUGGGGGUAUUUGCUCGAUUUCGAAGAUUGCAAAUCAUUCCAAACUCGAAGAGCAUGGAAAUGGACAAAUGGACACAAGAGCGACGGGACAGCCUCCGCCGUCGUGCCUCAGCAAUUGCUGCCGCGAAAGCCAACGGUCUCCAAGACGUGUCUGAAAUCCCUGAAGAAGACAUUGGCUAGAGACCCGUGAUUCUUGGGAAUCCAUCAGAGAAAUUCCGUCGUAUGAAUGUUCUUGAACUAGGCUCUUUGACUCGAUGGAGCGAGAUCCGCAAGAAAAAUCGGCUAAUUGACGAAGGCGUUCACCUUAACCGACAGACGGUAGAUCUAGCUCGGGACGAGAUUGGGCGGCGAGGUAACGAAUUUAUAGGGGACAUUCAACAGGGCGCGGAAAAGUUUGGCGACAUUGUCCGUAAAGUAAGCAAGAGGAGUAUGAGAAGCAAACGGAGCCACGAGAGUGAUCUAGACGAGGCACCCAGAAUCGAGCUAGAAGAUAUUGGACCACUGGGACCACCGGGAUCUGGACUUGAACAUCACCACACCGCGAUACCUCGCGAGGUUUACGUUGAGCGUGAGUGUGUCAUGGGACAGACUUUAUUAGAGGAGGCAGAAGUCUCUUCGGUGGGAGGGGAAUCGGAUGAUGAUGUUGAAUGGCAUCACCUACAAGACCACUCAUCUCAUAUGACAUCCAAGGUCCAGCCCUACUCGAGCUUAAAUCAAGACCCGUCAAAUAGGGGAUUUGGUACAGGGGAUCAUGCAGUUAAUAUGGGGAGCUCUCGGGCUGAGCAUACCUCCCAUAUGGAACCCAAGAUCAGACCAGCCGACGCGAAUAGCCCAGACCAUAGAAAACAGCACGGCUCACACAAAGGAAGUAAGGUAAGAUCGGCUGGCGUAAAGCACGCGGCUAAAGAUAGAGAACAUGGCAGUCAUAUGAGCGGGAGCAAAGUGAAACCAGCAGACGAAAGCUUCGAGGAUAUUGAAUUAGGUGGAAAGGAUAAUCGGCGAGACUCGAAGACAUUGAAACAAGACUGAGGAGUGUGGACAGGGGCGAGUACCUAUAAAGUAUCAUGGAAUCAGAACGUAGAUAAGCACUUACUUACCUAUACGUACAUGUAGAACCUAUUGAAAUUCAUAUACCACGCUGAGUGAGUGAGUUAGUACCAUAUGUACCUGCCAAAGGUAUUUGAACCAUGGCA